GCUUCUCUACUUUCUCAUGCGCAAACACUCGAGUUAUAUCGUCUAAAUGCAAAAAAGACAAAUGACCCAAAUCUUCAAUUUGAAUUUGCAGCUUUUAUGGUUGAAGCUUCAAGGGCCAUGAAUGACGAAGAAGCUAAGAAACGAGACGAACUUGUUAAGGAAGGCAUGGCAUUACUAAAAAAACUUGCAGACAGAGGUCAUGCAAAUUCACAAUACUUUCUAGCCGACUGCUAUGCAAGCGCGAUUGGUACACCAAAAAAUAAACCAGACUUUGAUAAAUCUUUUCCCUUAUUUGUUCAAGCCAGUAAACAUGGCCACCCUGACGCAGCUUAUCGAGCUGGAGUAUGUUAUGAACAUGGAUGGGGUUGUAGAAAAGAUUUUGCUAAAUCUUUACAAUUUUACAGAAAAUCAGCAUCAGCAAGUCAUCCUGGCGCAAUGUAUCGUUUGGGUAUUGCAGAAUUAAGAGGAGAAUGUGGGUUAUCAAAAAAUCUUCGAGAUGGAGUCAAAUGGCUUAAAAGAGCAGCUGAAGCAGCAAAUGAAGAAUUUCCACAUGCUUUGCAUGAAUUAUCAGAACUUCACGAACGAGGAGUUGAUAAUAUCGUAUAUGUUGAUAUUGAAUACUCAGUUCAAUUACUUAUAGAAGCAGCAAAUUUAAAUUAUGCACCAUCAGCGUUUAAAUUGGGAGAAUGUUAUGAAUAUGGAAAAAUGGGAUGUCCACAAGAUCCAGCAUUAUCUAUUCAUUAUUAUACCAUCGCCGCCCAACAAGAUCAUCGUGAAGCUUGUUUUGCCUUGACAGCAUGGUAUUUGGUCGGUAGUCCUGGAGUUUUGCCUCAAAGUGACACAGAAGCAUAUCUUUGGGCAAAACGUGCGGCAGAAAAUGGACUCCCUAAAGCUGAAUAUGCAGUUGGUUAUUUUACAGAGGUUGGAAUUGGAGUUAAGAAAGAUCCACUAGCUGCAAACGUUUGGUAUCGUCGUGCAGCCGAACAUGGUGAUAAACGAGCUCAACAACGGUUAAAAGGUGCACCAAUUGAUGACAAGAAACCAAAAAAAGAUGACUGUGUGAUUUGCUAG